AUGGCCUCGUACGGACAGUCUCCAUAUGCGGCGUCCGGCUCGCGACCGUCGAAUGACUCGCCGCUCGACAAGGUCCGCGAGUACACGUCCAAGGUCGAGGACCUGAUCGACACCUACACGCAGCCGAUCAAGCCCCACCUCCCUGCGCUCGGCCGCUUCCUGAUUGUCGUCACCUUCCUCGAGGACGCGCUCCGAAUCGUCACGCAAUGGUCCGACCAGAAGUACUACCUCCAGCGCCACAGGCACUUUCCCUGGGGCAUCAGCCACAUUUUCCUCAUCGCCAACGUCGUGGUCAUGAUCGCGGCGUCGGUGGCCGUCAUCACCCGAAAGUACCCCGAGAUCUCGGUCGGAGCGCUGCUGGGCGUCGUCGUCGUCCAGGGAUUCGGCUACGGCCUCAUCUUUGACAUCAACUUUUUCCUGCGCAACCUGUCGGUCAUUGGCGGCCUGCUGAUGGUGCUGUCCGACAGCCUGUCGGCCAAGAAGACGAUCUUUGCCGGCCUGCCCUCGAUGAGCGAGACGGACAGGAAGAUCUACUUCCAGCUGGCCGGCCGAGUGCUGCUCAUCUUCCUGUUUAUCGGCUUCAUCAUCCAGGGCACGUGGUCGGUGGCGCGGGUGCUGGUGUCGAUCCUCGGCCUGGGCGCGUGCGUCAUGGUGGCCGUCGGCUUCAAGGCGCGCUGGAGCGCCAGCUUCCUGGUGCUGCUGCUGAGCGUCUUCAACCUGUUUGUCAACAACUUCUGGACGGUCCACUCGCUCCACCCGUCGCGCGACUUCCUGCGCUACGACUUCUUCCAGACGCUCUCGAUUGUCGGCGGCCUGCUGCUCCUCGUCAACAUGGGACCGGGCGGCUUCUCGAUGGACGAGCGCAAGAAGGUCACCUAG